AUGAAGUCCUGGUUUCCCAUCCCGCCGCGGUCGCACUUUUCCCUGCUUAACAUCCCCUUUGGUGUAAUAUCCAGCAAAGACAAGCAGUUGCACCGGCCCGCCGUCGCCGUCGGCAGUCACGUUCUGGACCUGGAUGCUUUCACGACUGGAGGCGGCUUCAGGAAGGCGACGGAUCUGCCACCUGAGAGCUUGAAGGUGUUUUCGCAACCUACACUCAACGCUUUUGCCGAACUUGGACGGCCAGUACAUCGCGCAGUCCGUUCGUACUUGCAAGAUGUGUUUCUCGAAAACACGCCUCACCCCGAUAUUCUGAAGGAUAACGAGGCUCUGAGGACGGCUUCUCUGAGGCUUAUCACAGAUGUCUCGUUGCAUCUCCCUCUUGUCAUUGGGGAUUACACCGAUUUUUUCGCUGGACGAAACCACGCCCAUAACGUCGGCGUCCUCUUCCGCGGGCCGGCGAAUGCCCUUCAACCCAACUACAACCACUUGCCAGUCGCCUACCAUGGUCGCGCAAGCUCUGUAGUUGUUUCCGGGACGCCUCUUCGGAGACCUUGGGGACAGGCCCUUCCCGCACCUGGUGCGACCGAGCCUAUCUUCCGGCCGUGCGCGCGUCUCGACAUCGAGCUGGAGAUGGGCAUGUUCAUCAGCAAGCCAAACGGGCUGGGCAACCCAGUUUCCGUCGAGGACGCCGAAGACUACAUUUUCGGUUAUGUUCUCAUGAAUGACUGGAGUGCAAGGGAUAUCCAGCAGUGGGAAUACGUGCCUCUAGGGCCGUUCAAUGCCAAGAACUUUGGGACGACCAUCAGCCCCUGGGUCGUGCUUGCGGAUGCUCUUGAGCCUUUCAGAACCAAGGGGCUCGAGAAUGAUGUUCAAGUGCAAAGCUACCUCCGAGACGAACGACCUGACAACGUUUUAGACAUCAAGCUGGAGGUUUCCUUGUCUCCCUCAGAAGGCGAGGAAACAACCAUCACUCGCACCUCUGCCAAGAACCUGCUGUGGUCGUGGUCGCAAAUGGUGGCCCACCAUUCGAUUUCCGGCUGCAAUCUCCGGCCCGGUGAUCUCUUCGGGUCGGGCACCAUCUCUGGCAGUGGGCCAGGUACGCAGGGCAGCUUGCUGGAGCAAUCGCAGGGCGGGAAGACGCCAAUCAAAUUGAGUGGUGGACUAGAGCGCAAGUUCAUCCAGGAUGGAGAUACCGUGGUGAUUCGGGGUUGGGCUGGCGAGCAGGACGGCGAACUUGUUGGGUUUGGGGAGUGUACUGGCCAGAUUCUGCCUCCUUUGUCGUUGUAG